CUGCUAAGAAAUUUCGCUAUAAAGAACAAACAACGUAUGUCUACGACUUUGAAAGCACAAAUUUCUUUAGAGCCACUAGAUUUCGUUUAAAACCAUUUGCAAUUAAAGCCAAAGUUGAAAUAAGUAACUUAGGAAACUGCGACAUGGCUUUGGAGAUAAAAAAUGCCACAUUACUCAUUUCUGGAGAAAAAGAAAGCAAAAUAACAGAGUUAAUGCAGUUUCCUCUGUUGUUUUCGUUUGAAGAUGGUAAAAUUGCAGAAAUUUGUCCGUGGCCAGAUGAUGAUAAAACUAUUAAUAUUAAACGAGCUAUAUUGUCUGCUUUUCAGAAUACUAUGAGCAGUUUUGAUAUGGAUUAUGAACAUAAAAAUGAAAGUGAUAUAGUUGGAAGGUGUAGUACUGUCUUCGGUGUAAUAGAAAGAUCAAAUAGAACAGUAAUAGUUAAAAAAGCUAAGGAUUUCUUUGAAUGUGAGUCCGGACGUACUGGCAAUACAGCACUGAUAACCGCCCUUCUUUUAAAAUCAAAAGGGUUACCCGUAAUAGACGACCUGUUUUUCAACUGUGAACAGAUUAUUGAAGAAGGUAUUGUCACAAACGUUUCAUGCAUCGAAUAUAGUACAUUUAAGCUUUCCGAAAAUACACGUAUUGAUACGAGGACUUAUAAAACGAAAGCAGAAGUUAAACUCAUUCUAAAAUCUGUUGGAAGAUUAACGUCAUUUACACCUUAUGAAAUCGUCGAAAGAGAAGAUCUAUUUUAUUCUAACCAACCAGAAAUGUUCUCUAAUUUUGCUUUUGAAAAAGCAUUAAGAAUUUUACGAAAUAUUUGUUCCGAAAUUCAUCAUAAAAAAACAAUUAAUCCAGAAACACCAAAACUCUUCUCACGUUUAGUGCAGACUCUUCGUAAAGUACAACCUGGAGAACUACAAGAUAUUUAUGACAAAAUAGACAGAGAAGAAAAAUGCCAAUCAUUGUGGCUGAAAAGUUUACUCAAUGAUGCAUUACCUCAUAUUGGUCACGAAGGCUCUAUCAAAGUAAUGGCGAAGAAGAUUCAAAAUGGCACUGUUAGUAAAAUUCAAACAACAUUUUGGGUUACUAGUUUGGCUUUCAUUCAAUAUCCCACCGAAGAUGCUAUUUUAUCUGUAGUGCCAUUGCUGGAUUACGAAAAAGCUGGAAAACAAGCACUUCUAGCGAUUACUGCAAUGUCUCAUAAUUAUUGCAUGAAAAAUACAAACUGUGAACAAUCAGAAGCUAUUCAGCAAGUAAUAACAUCUUUAAAAAGAUACUUGAAUUAUAGAUGCAAUGUUUAUCAACCAGCAGAAAUAAAACAGGUAAUCGCAGCUUUGAAAAGUUUUGGAAAUUUAGGAAGAGUUGGAGGAGCUAGCAGACAAAUCUUAGAAUGUGCCAAAGAACCAUCCAAUGAAAUUACCAUUCGAUUAGCAGCAAUAGAAGCAUUCCGACGAACACCAUGCAAAGAAGAGGUUAAACAACAGUUAUUAAACAUUUUCUCACAUCGUGAUGAACAUGUUGAAGUGCGUAUUACUGCUUAUCUAGGAGCAAUGAAAUGUGCAGACAGAGAAGUUGUGAGAAGGAUUAAACAAAUUUAUGACUCAGAAAGGCUCAAUCAAAUAAAAGCAUUCGUUUAUUCUCAUAUGACAAAUCUUCAAGAAAGCUCUUCGUCUAAAAAAGAAGAUAUUAGAAGAAUUGUAUUAGAUUUCCAAUUCCAGCCUCAGCAACUCGAUAUUAGAAAAUAUUCUCAAAACAUCGAAUGGUCAGUUUAUCAAAAUAUGAAUCUAAAUGGAGAAUUUGAAUCAAACAUAAUUUAUUCACUGGAUUCGUUCAUACCACGAUCGUUCAUGACAAAUUUGACUUCAGUUUUUUACGGAAAUAAUAUCGAAAUUGGAGGAAGAUUAGAAGGUCUUGAUUAUUGGAUGGAAAGUUUGUUUUCACCGCUAAGAGAUUAUGGUCAUAUGUCUUUUAGUGAAUUCACCCAUUAUAUGUUUGAUAUGAAAGAAUCUAUCCCUUCUGAUGCUCGUGGUUCAUUUUAUUUCAAACAUCAAGGCAGUGAACUUCUGUGGCUCAUAAUUGAUGAAAAAACAGACUUCGGCUUGGGAAAAACUGUAGAUUACAUGAAUAUUCUAUCAGAGCUUGCAAAACAUCAAAAAGUUGAUAAGGUUCUUGGUCUUUAUUUGGAUACGUCUAUAAUUUAUCCANGAAUGUUACUUCCAUAUGCCACCUGGCACGCUUCUGAAAAUCAUUUCGCUAAUGUAAUGUUAGAGUAUUCAUUAGAUGAUGCAGAAGCAUUGCUUACUAAAAAUCUUCAAACUGCAACUAAAAAUCUUGAUCUUCUAGAGAGUGAUUUGGAUUUCUUGAGAGAUCAGUUAACUACAACUGAAAAGUUUGUCAAUCCACCACUCAAUAAUUUGGAAUGUCUGAUAAUCUGGCAUCCUCUCUGUAAAGUAGCCAAUAACCCAGAAUUGUGUGGUGAUCAGUCUUUAACAGCAUUAAUAGAUAUGGCUAGAGUCUACAAUUGGGAUGUGAAGAGAAGACAAGCGGAGAGAGAAAAGGCUGUCUCAUCCAGUUCAGUUUAA